CCUUCUCCAUUUUGAUUCAAGCAUCUCUACUCUCCUCUCCCUAUCCCAAAAACACACACACACACACACACAAAGCCAAGAUGAAGAAAGUGAACAUAUUCACACUACUACUUGUACUUUUUUCCACCUUCACCAUUGCAUUGUGCUUAACUGAUGGAUUAUUACCAAAUGGCAACUUCGAGUAUGGGCCCAAGCCCUCACAAAUGAAGGGAACCAAGGUGAUAGACCCCCAUGCCAUACCCUCUUGGGAGAUCUCGGGCUUCGUUGAGUACAUAACUUCGGGCCACAAACAAGGCGACAUGCUGCUGGUGGUGCCGGAGGGUGCCUCGGCCGUCCGCCUCGGAGAUGAAGCAUCCAUCAAGACCAAAGUCAAGGUCACAAAUGGCAUGUUCUACUCCCUUUCAUUUAGUGCUGCUAGAACUUGUGCACAAGAAGAGAAGUUGAAUGUGUCGGUUUUGCCCAAUAAGGAGUCCAAGGACUGGGGCAUUUUGCCGAUACAAACUGUUUAUAGCAGUGAUGGUUGGGAUUCUUACUCUUGGGGCUUCUUGGCCCAAUCCAACGACAUUGAGAUCAUGAUCCAUAACCCCGGAAAAGAAAAAGAUCCGGCUUGUGGGCCACUUAUUGAUUCAAUUGCACUCAAGGCUUUGCCCAAUCCCAAGAGACAAAGAGGUAACAUUUUGAAAAAUGGAAACUUUGAAGAAGGUCCGUAUAUCUUCCCUAACACAUCUUACGGUAUCCUUAUUCCACCUAACAUCGAGGAUGACCACUCUCCGUUGCCUGGAUGGAUGAUUGAAUCCCUAAAAGCUGUGAAAUAUGUAGACUCUAACCACUUUGCGGUGCCCGAGGGUAAACGAGCAGUUGAAUUGGUGGCUGGAAGGGAAAGUGCACUAGCACAAACAGUGAGGACUGUGCCUGGAAAAACUUAUAACCUUAUAUUUUCAAUAGGUGAUGCAAAGAAUUCCUGUGAGGGGUCGAUGACAGUUGAGGCCAAUGCGGGUAGAGACAUUCUCCAAGUUCCUUACGAGUCGAAGGGCAAUGGAGGGUUCAAACGUGCUAAGCUUAGGUUCAAGGCAGUGUCUUCACGUACUAGGGUCAGAUUCCUGAGCACAUUUUAUCAUAUAAAGAGCGAUAAUUCUGGUUCUUUAUGUGGUCCCAUUAUUGAUGACGUGAGGUUGGUCAGUAUUCGAUAUCCAGGACAUGUAUAAGCGAAAAUAAACAUGAUAAAUCACAACUCGUCAUCAUCAACAAAGUUACUAAAUUGAGUUAUCUUUUUCUUUUCUUAGGUCCUCUUUCCUUAUGACAUAAGGAAGUGGGUUUCAAGUUAUUUUACAAUGUUCUUUACGUGUAACUAUAUAUAUCCUUACAAGUUCAAAAGAAUGAUUCCACUUUUUCUUUUGCAUGCAUA